AUGGUGAAAAGCAAAGUUUGGACACUUAAAACGGCGUUUGAUGGCAAAGUACGAACGUCCAACUUUGAACUUAUUGAGGAGGAGGUCUCAGACAACCUUAAAGAUGGUGAAUAUCUGAUCGAAGCGCUUCACUGGACUGUUGAUCCGUACAUGAGGGUGUUCGCCAGUAAAACAUCCACUCAUCCGGUUGGAAGCUUCGUUCGGGUGUAUGCAGGAUGGCGUACACACACAAUUAUUUCAACCGAUGUGGCACAGCGAGUAGGACGCAUGCCGGAACUUGGUGAUCUCCCUUUAUCCCUGACCCUCGGUGUUAUGGGAAUGCCAGGAAUGGCGGCUUAUUUUGGUUUUCUGGAGAUUUGUCAGCCAAAAGAAGGAGACGUAAUACUUGUCAAUGGUGCUGCCGGGGCAGUCGGUAGUCUUGUUGGACAAAUCGCCAAAAUAAAGGGUUGCAAAGUAGUGGGAUGUGCAGGAACUGACGACAAAUGCAAAUGGCUGAAGGAGUUAGGUUUUGAUGAGGUCUUCAAUUACAAGAAGGUUGAUUUAUCCGAAGCUUUGGAAGCGGCCGCCCCAGAUGGGUUUGAUUGUUUCUUCGACAAUAUAGGAGCAGACUUCACAGCUACAGCACUGAAACACAUGAAGCAGUUCGGCCGAGUUUCCAUCUGUGGACAGAUAUCCUCGUACAACGACAAGGCGCCUCCAACAGGUGAAUACCCUUUCAUGUAUAUCCUUGGCAAACAGCUUAAGAUUGAGGGAUUCGUCGUGAUGCGGUGGUAUCAAAGAUGGGCUGAGGGAGAAAAGGCAAUGGCACAGUGGAUCAGAGAGGGAAAAAUCAAGUACAAAGAGACAAUAUAUGAUGGGUUUGAAAAUAUGCCUAAGGCUUUUGUCGGACUGUUCGAUGGUGCCAACACCGGAAAAGCGAUAAUCUCAGCAUAAUCUGACGUUUCUACUGUCCAGAGCUACAACAACACACGAUAGCAUUGAAGCUAGACGUCCGCAUUAUAUGUACUUGGUUUAUGACGUCAUUAUUGUUGACGUCUUAAGUCUGUGUACUCUAUUUAUGACGUCUCAAAUAAAU